AUGUCUAUACGUGAAGCUAGUCAUUCAGGGAGCUGGUAUCCUUCUAGUGGUAUGAAGAAUUUUCGAAAAUCGCUCUCUAUUUGAGACUAUAUAAAACGCGAAACAGUGACGAUGAAUUUGAAGGCCUUUGUUGUUUUGUUUUUUUUGUCCAUGAAAAUCCAGCCAGGGAGCUGAACGCGAAGUUAGAAGGAUGGUUAUCCAAAGCCAGUCCCUCGUUACGACCAGCCAAGGCGAUUAUAGCACCGUAAGUAUAUGCAAUGUUUCCGAAAUUCGUCUACCGAUUGAAGUACUUUUAAACAGAUGGGCUAUUGUUAAAAAACUCAAGCUGUUCCUUGUGAUAUUUUCAUGAAAGGCACGCCGGCUAUCAGUACUGUGGUUCGUGUGGAGCCCAUGCUUACAAACAAGUUGACCCGAGUAGAGUGUAAGUAUAAUUUCAAUGCUUCCUACAAUGCAAAUAACAAAACGCGAAUGCCUUCCUUUUAAAUAUAUUUUUUUAGGGAAGAAAGGAGUACAUACACUUAUGUAAAUAAGGUGGAAGUUCAUGUCAACAGCUUAUCGUCAUCAAAUUCAUAUAGACAUGUAUAAGCUUUAAUAUUCCCUUAUUGCUUUUUACCGUAAUGCAUUGCAAUAAUCUACUUGAUCAUGGUAGUUAUAAUCAGGAAGAGUCACAAUGUAUUCAAGGAUACGAUGAUUUAGGGUAAAUUCAGUAGGAUACAAGUUUCCUAUCCCGACAAAUUCCUCUUCACCAUUUUUCUAGCAUGUAAAUUUUAACAUGUUUCAUAGAGACUUAUUUUAUAGUCAGACAUUAUUAUUUUAAUAAAGUUCUUUUUUUUCUUCCUUUCAUCCACCUGACAUUAUUUUGAUACUGUAAGAUAUUUCUUAUAAAAUAUGUUGUUUAGAUUUUUUCUCCCUGCUUUUUGAAAAAUUCAAUGAUGUUAUGAACAAUAUUUUUCAUUGUUGUAAGCUUCUGCCAGGAAAAUAAUAAUCCUUUUUAAAUUUACCCUCAGGUUCAAAUACAGACUUUUUUUUUGCCAUAAGACCAUCUCCUUUUUUUUCUUCAUUUUACCGUCAAAUACGUUUCCUGAUAUUGGGUCGGUCGGUCAGAUUGAAAAAAGAAAACUUUAAAAAAAAGAUCAUAAGAAGUCUUGGAAUAGUAGGCCCUGGUACCCCAGGACAAUGUUAAAAGUUAACAUUCACAUAUUUGGAUUAACAAAAUGUACAAUAUACUGUGAAAAAUGUUCAUGUUUUUGUUCCUAUUUUUUUUUAUGCUGUUACUAUGCUCAUUUUUCAGAUUAAAAGAAUUAUUUCAAGUGAAAAAUGGUGUAAUUACGUCAUAACUUUUUUUUUUUUGAAAAUGCCAAAAAUUUGGGUUGGUCAGACGACGGUAAAGGGAGAAAAAAAAGAGGAUGGCCUAACAUUGUAAAAUUAUCUAGUGCAUAUUUCAAUAAAUAGUAUUGUUAUUAGUAUUUUGUCUGUGCAAAGGAUUUAAUGAUUUGAAUCAGAAACAGUGUCUAGGGAGGUUGGAUUUUCUGUUGUAUUUAAAUUGUCUUUAGAUAAAAAAUAACACAAUAUUGCAGUGUGAUAACUCCCUGAUCAAAAGGACUUGGAAAGGUAUCAGGAAAAUCAGCAAAAAAUAAUGAAAAAGUAUUGUUUAAACUUUAUAUAUGAGGAAAUACAUGUUCAAAUGCAGCCAUAUUAUUUUCUUGUCCCCUAGUUUUCUUUUCAUUAAUCAAGCACCCUUUUUCCCACUCGUUUUUCUUUCAAGGUAGCCUCCUGGACCUUUCAAUCAGCCUAUUUUCAAAAAAUGUCUUAGUAGAAGUUAUUUAGUGAUAAUCUUAAAUUAUUGUAACAUGAUAAAUUAUUAAAAAGACGAUAAAAAAUAAUUAUUAUUCACUGAAGUGGAAGUGGCUGGUGGUGGAUAUUUACCACGGUGAAACAGUGAGCUAAAUAUCCUCCUCUACCCACUGACACUGAGGUGAAUAAUUGUUUUAGUUAGUAUAUACUAAAACAGUGUGAUAACUGAGCCAAAAAAGGUAUUGAUUUUUAACUUAUUUAUUGCUGCCAAUGAUUACAAUUUUGGGGCACAAUUGACUUAAUGGCUGUCAUGUUUUUGUACCAAUAAACUUUUGAAGGCCUUUAUUUAGCUGCUGCGGGGUCAUUUCUUUCAAAAGGAAUGGUUAAAUAUUUCUCUAUAUGAAACCAUUCUGUAAUAAAAACCCAUUCCAUUUAGUUUUAAAGUAACUCAUGAAAAUGUCAGCUAAAUAAUAGUAACUCAAGACUUAAUUUGCAUUUGCAAACAAAUAACUUUUCCAUCAGGUUCAUCGAUAAAUUCUGGUUAAACAGACAAAGCCUUUAACAGCACUGAAUAUCUUGAGUUUGAGUAGCCAAUCAGAGUGCAUGAAAAACACCAUCCACUGUUUUUAAUACUUUUUAUCUAAAACAACUAUUUUGUAUCUAUAUUCCUUCUACUCAUAUUCUUGUUUGGGUCACCUACUCGGUUAUACUAGUUUGAUGAACUAUUUAGGUGUCCCAAACUCCACACAAUGAACCUACAAUUGAAAAAUUUAUUUUCCUUCACAAUCUCUCGAUUUUAUGUUUUAAAGCACUAAAUUGUAUUAAUUAUUAUUCUGUGUGAGUUUAAAUAAAAAUUGACUUGACUUGACUGAUGAUAAAUAUUGUCAUUUUACCCUUUUCUUUGGGUCAUGUAGCAGCUACUCAGAAGAGAAGUCACCAAUGGUGCGUUUCCGUGACCCCAAGCAAUAGUAAAACCAUUGGACGAAUGACAUGUCAUUGUUUCCUGCGACCAAUUAGGAGAGACCUUACGAUCAGCUACUACACUACCCUUUUCUUUAGAUUGGUUAGACUUGAAAGCAGUUUUGCCAGAUUUAUUCAAAACUCUACGUACAAAAGUCUAUUCAAAAGAGUUAACUGAAUUUGUGGUCUUAACAUACCUGUUGUUUGGUAGAUUGUUGCCAAAGUAGAGGUGUGGCAAAUGAAAAGGUGUUUCAUAAUAGGUGACAGUUAUCAUAGGUGUUUUGAACUGUUGUAAUAACUUAACAAGAUAUGGCAGGGCUUUAUAGCAGUUAAAUGACCUUUUUUGUGGUAUAUCAGUAACUCGACAGGUAGCAUAACAUGACCUGUGGGUCAUGUGCUGCCUUAAUUAAAUGCAUCAUAGGCAAUCAAAUUACAGUCAUACAGUGUAUGAAUAUUAUCUUUUAUUUUCUUUGGUCGUCAUCAUCAUUGUUAUAAACAUUAUUACUUUUUGUGCCUGUUUAGAAAGCGGAUAUUUAUCUUGGGGCCAUCGCAUCACAAGUACCUACCAGGCUGUGCGAUAACAAGUUUAACACAUUAUGAGACACCACUUUACAAUUUAGCAGUAGACACUGUUGGUAAGUUUACUAGUUAUGUUUUCCUUUAUCAUUAAGGUUGUUUAGUACAUGGAGAGGCUGAGAUUGGUAAUAUAUAACAAUUAUUCGCCGAGGGCGAAGUUAAUAUUGUUGAAUAAUCCCCGAGACGAAGUCGAGGGGAUUAUUCAACAAUACUAACUGAGCCUGAGGUGAAUAAUUGUUUUAGUAUAUUCACACGAAGUGAUCUCAACAGAAUCAGAAAGGAAACCAUUAAAAAACGAUUAGUUUGAUUGACAGGUGAAUUUAUGCUUAAAAGUUAGAUCUUUACAGUAUCUUCAAACAUGGCAAAUGAUAGUUUUAAUCCUUUUGUAUCGAGUUUUGUAAGCUUUAGCAUCAACGGUUUAAAAGAAAACGCCAAAAAUUUAAAUUACUACCCAAUUCUGAGGAGAAAAGUAUCUAGAGCUUUAUUUGUUUCUGUCAACUCACCGUGAAUGAGAAAGUUUUCUUCGUCGCUUCUUGCAAAUGCUGUCAACAGCGGCUGCGAUCAAGGUGAGCGUUGUUUAUCUCCAAAGUUCUUUGCCUUGUUAACUUGCUGGCACGUACAAUUUUCGAAAAUAUUUGCCUUCCCCUCUUCUCCAUAAAUUAAAUUCUAUUUAUAGGCAAAAUUGGUCUUGUGAGAAAAUCCCGAAAUCACAAAACAGUGACAAAGCGACCUCGUUUUCCUCUGUAGUGGUAAACAUAGCUUCGAGCGUACAAAAAGUCAGCUAAAGUAAACCACUUCACAAUAAAUCACGCUGUUUAAACACCAUGAAGUCUUUUCUUGCCUUCAAAGUCAUCGGCACUUGGAUAUUCGUGUACUUUCAAAAAGGUUUUACUUUGAAACUUUGGCAAAACACCCAGUUCACGACAGCGAUUUUGUUCGGCUUUAUAUUCACCGCAAAGGGCGGUGAAUAUAACGCCAUAGUCCGAGAUAGCUAACCAAUCAGAUUGCUUGAAUUACCAAGAUCACUGAGUGUGUAUAUACUAAUAAUUAUUAUUCAUUGCUGCAAGACAAUAUAAUAAUUAUCGAGUUCCCAGUGGUUUCAUUUCUUUUGCAGUAAAUGAGGAGUUGUUUGCUACAGGAAAGUUUGAGAAGCUUAGUCGUUCUGAUGAUGAACAUGAGCAUAGUAUAGAACUUCAUUUACCAUACAUCGCUAAAGUAAUGGAAAGGUACAUGUGCAACUUUUGUAUACACUUGCCAUAGCUUGUUUGUGUGUAUGGUUGUCUUGUGGUAAACACAUCAGCCUUUGGAUCUGUAACUCUUUGUUCAAGCCUUUCCAUAGGCAAGGAACUUUGCUUCCCAUUUUCUCUCUCCAUCUAGGUGUGACAUGCUGGUGUAGAUUUUUUUCUUUUGACAACCUAUGUCUAAGCCCAGUUAUAGGUAAAAGUCUACCUCUUCAACUUUCCAAAAAUGGCUUUCAGUUAUCCAGUUGAGUAGAAUAAAAGCAAGAAAAAAAUCUAUAAAUACAUAAUUGACACUGGAGGUACUGUAUGUUCAAUCAAGCGUGGCGCUGGGUGACAACCUUGGGGCUCAGGUUGUAAAUUGUGGGUAGUCGUCAUGUACAUUAACCAACUGUUUCCAGGGGAGAAUUCCUGUCCUGUAUUAAUGCUUCUAAAUUAUUUUGCAUACCAUAAACUUCCCCUUAUAAACCCUUCCCUCCCAGGUAUAGGUCUAUCUACCUGUAAACAAAAAAAUACUUCUGUUUAUAAGCCCCCCUCUAGCUGGUGUUGAAAUGAAUUUGAGUUUUUAAAAAAGCAAUUAAAUUCAAACAGUAUUUUGAUCAGCACUACAGAUGUAGCUUGUUUUGAAAUGCCUUUUUUAAUCUGGUUAUAAGCUCCCCCGGACUUCCUCCCUGGUUUAUAAGCCCCCCUGAAACCCCUUACAAAGCUCUAUAAGCCAAGGGCCUACAAUAUCUGGCAGAUUACGCCAAGUUCGUUAGGUGUAUGUGCAAUUGACUCUAAACUUGCCUGUUUGGUCGUUGGAAAGACGUAGAUAUGGUAUGUGAAAAGUUAAAAAUGCCAUGCUAAUCAUUCUAUCUCCGAUCUUUUUUAUGUAAUAGUAAUUUGGACUGUGAAGGUAAAAUUUUUUCCCUACUUCUCCCCCUUUUGCAGCAAAAAGGAUCAAUUUACAAUAGUUCCAAUCCUUGUUGGCUCCCUAAAUUCUGAAAGUGAGGCAAAGUUUGGAAAGCUCCUGAGCAAAUAUCUGAUCCGGCCAGAGAACCUUUUUGUUGUCUCCUCUGAUUUUUGUCAUUGGGGUAAGUUUCCUAGUUUAUAAUGAGUACAAAGUCAUUUUUCUGUGCAUGAUUGGACAACGAUCCAAGCUGCGACCGUUUUGCUCACGGUGACAAGUUGAAAAACAUAUUGGCAACUAAAGUUAAUGCAGUGAAAGUUGCCAAUUUGUUGACCUGUGUUCAGUUGGGCUAGAUUACAGAAUAUCCAUCCACUUGCAUUUGGCCUCAAAAACUGCCACCGCAGUCACCCAGUAGUCUAUAAUUUACCUUCAAUGUUAAUAAUUAUUCUUAAGCAAGGAAAGGAAACGAGCACACUAUACACAGUCAACACCAGAGUCAACACGUGUAAUAUACCUCGUUUUUUAAUCCACAAAUCACAACUUAGCCAGUUGAAAAAUUAUAAAGCAGCCACAAUUUUCUUCUGGGAAUGUAGACUCUGGUGCCAGUCCAUUUAGCUGCUUUUAUUUAACAUUCUUGUUCAUCGACUAAGAGACUGCGGCCAUGGUGGCAGUCCAUUUAACCACGUGUAUUUAACAUUCUUGUUCAUCAUCUGAGAGACUGUGGACCACAGUGGCAGUCAGCUAUUUAACUGCUUGAUUUUAGCUUUGUUAUUCAUCGACUAAAGAACUGCAGACUGUGGUGGAAGUCCAUUACAACUGCUCGUUUUUGACAUUUUUAUUCAAUGGUUAUGAUUUUUAUUCAGUGAUUAUGGGACAGUGACAGACCCCAUCUUUAAGGACCAUGGUAUACUAAAAUUUAAUGAUAUCCAUUUGCUUCAACUGGGCCAAUUUAUGUAUUCGUGCAAAACUUCAUUCUUACCUCAAAGGUUUAAUAACAAUUUCUCCCAAAGCAAUAAAUUCCACUCUUACAACACAAGAAAUUCCCAGGCCUACCGUCUACCGUAUUGCUGUACAAACACUAAGAAGUUCUCGCCCUUUUUUCAAGGGCCUAAGUUUUUUUAUUCAUUUGACAACGAGGUCAUCAACUCUCAAUCCCUUUCCUCUUUUAAGAAAAAUCUGAAGAUUAAAUUAUUGAGUAAAUUAAUAUAAAAACAGUUCAUAAAUCUUUCCAUCUUCAACUUUUCUUUAAUUGAUGUUAAACAGCUCUAACCUGUAGUUCGAGGAGGCCUAACUUCUCAUAAGCUCCUAUAGUUUCUGUUAGGUCUCCUCGCCACUUCUUUUUUUCUCUGUUUUCCUUUAUUUUUUGUAAUUAUUGUGUGGCAAAUAAGAUAAAAUAAAUAAAAAUAAAAAUGAAUAAAUAAGGUAGUAGUACUGCUUUUAACUGGCCAGGUAUUCUGCAAUCGCUCCUUCAGUUGUAAGGUGCCAAGCCAUGGUGUUUUUAUAACUUUUUAAAGUUUUUUAUAACUUUUUUUUGAAAUAAACAUUUUUGUUGUUGUUUAUUUUUAAUUUUUCUUAUAAUUCACCUCUUUCACACUGGCCAAGCUUGGAUUACUGUACCCAGAUUCUCCAUUGUUAUUGCAAUGUUUAAUAAUAAGACUCUCCUUCUUUAAUAACUGGAUUUUGAUUUUUGAUUUUUCAGGAAAACGUUAUAACUAUACAUCUUGGGAUGGGCGUCGUCCUAUUUAUAAGUAUAUUGAAGCUUUAGACAGAACAGUAAGUUCAGAUUUAAUAGGGAGCUUAAGCAAUGACAACGGCAACAGCAACAGCAAGAGGAACGGCAAAAAAGCAAUAGGUUUAGGUCAUGUUUUGUGGAGGAUGUAAGUUACAAGACAAUGACCCUCUUUUUCUUUUCUUGAACUUUGAUACAGUCCCUUAGAAUCCAACUCCAGUCAAUUUCGCCAACAUUUGACAAAUUGAACAAAAUGGAAUAAACGCGAUGAAGUUUGAAGCAGUGCGAACACACUUUUUUAACCGACAUUUUUGUAGCUGUUGCCAUCACUGUUACUUAAGCUCCCUAAUGAAGAACAUGAAUGACUUCAAAUGAAUGAAAUAUUAAUUUUACAUAAACAAAAAAACAAAAUAUUAAAGAUACAUUCACAAUGCCUUUGUUUAAUUUAUUACAGGGCAUGGAUGCUAUAGAAAAACUUGAGCCUGGAGGAUUCACUGAAUAUUUAAAAAAUUCUAAGAACACGAUAUGUGGUCGACAUCCCAUAGGUGUUCUGCUCAAUGUAAGUGUAUUUUUUUUUAGAAUAAAUAACUGAAAAGUACUGCUCACUUUCUUUGGGUGAUCUUAUCUCAUCCGGCCCAGUCAAAAUGUUUUAUGGUAGUAGGCAGGAUAACCAGAGUAGCAUGCAGCAAAGGCCUUUGUUUUUGUGGUUUUUAUGAGAUAUUUCUAAACUCAAGUAUUCAGUAGGCGGCAAAACUGUCAGUUGCUGGCUCAUUUUGGCUGGGUUGCUUAUCUACAACCCCUUAAGCGAGAAAUACCUUAAAUAUGGCAUGAUGACAGUUACAACGGCAAAGCUUUGCUAUCCCUUUAAGCCCCAAUAUCAACAUACAAAUUCUCCAAACUGAUCUCUAUACAUUUCCUUAAAGAAUUAGUUAAGAGAUUUUGAUAAAAGAUCAAGGAUUUUUCUCUUUGUGACCAUUUUCUUAAUUCUCAUAACUUAUCUCUUGACAAUGUAUGGUUAUCAUUAGGAGAAAAUUGAUGUUGGUCACUAUUGGGACUUAAAGGGUUAUAUGUUAGUAUUUCAUCCACAGACUCAGUGGUUGUCUGUUGCACUAACAUUCAGUAACAUCGACAUAAUAAUAAUAAUAUUAUUGUCCUUAAUGAAAUGCAGGCAGUGGAAGUCUUACGGCAGAUGAAUGGUGUAACUCAUCCAUGGACAUUAAAGUUUAUUCAUUAUUCACAGUCUAAUGCUUGUGAAUACAAGGAAGACAGUUCUGUGAGCUAUGCAGCAGGAGUUCUGUUCUCAAAACCUUAACCCCUCCUCAGUGGUUCCUCAGAGGCUUCUGCUUUCUAUGUAAAUAGCUUUGAAGUUUCCUUGGUUGGCAGUGAAGUGCAUUUUUGUAACUGUACAUUAUUUAAAACCAUUACGUUGAUAUUUGUAGAUGUUCUUUGUUAUAUUUUUUGCCCCCAGCAAUAAUAUUGAUCAUUUAUAUAAACACCAGUGAAAUACCAGGGCAGCUUUUGCACGAAAACAUGAUAUCUUGACAUGUGAAAAGAUCACCAUUGCUAUGGCUACAUAUUUAUAGAUCGCACAUUUCAUAGCAAAAAGCUAUUAAAGUGAAAUGGUUUGGUAAUUCAUUGGUGUUUAUAUAAUGAAUAGAAAAUUACAUGGCCACUUGAAGAUACAAAAUUUCUCUUCUCAUGAUGAAAAAUAUUUCACUCGUUCGCUGCACUUACUUGUAAAAUAUUAUUCACCAUUCGAAGAGAAAUUUCGUAUCUCCACCAGCCAUGUAAUAUUCUCUUUAUAUACCUGUCAUUGGUCAAUGGGAAACAGUGGGUGCCUUGGCUGUUUUUAGUUCAGGAUCACUGUGUUAAAAAUUCACUUUUUCCCUAGAGGUACCAAACUGGUUUACUGGAAUGUAAAAAUUUAUUCUCACAUGUUAAAAAAACAAAUAACAAUGAAAAGGUGGGGUUGGUAAUUUUAACAAAGUCCUACUUAGGUUGCAGUUUAAGAAAUAAUUGGACCCCCAGAUCUCUUUCUAAAUGGGUUUAUAUUUUAAGAAGGUAAAUGUUUGUCCAGUCAACGCUGUUGCUUCCAUGAAACUGUCCCUGAUAGCCAGUGUUUAGAUAAAACAGUUGAGCAAAUUGAAAAUGGCUUAGAACAUGGUUUUGCUGAAGAUUGGGUAAACUCCGUUUAAAUAUCCGGCCCUUAAUAUUCCAGCACCAUUUUUUCUGUUUGCAAGAGCAAUUUUAUUUGUAUCAUGGCUUUUGCCUUCAUAUCUAGGGAAACCAAAAAAGGGACACAUUAUGAGUCAAGGCUUACAUUAUGAUUCUGCGUGUACUUACUUUAUUAUUAAAUUUUUAAAUGCUUGUACACAGAAAUGGUCUUAACUUAACUGAUAAGUCUUGCUUUCUUUCUUUACUAUUUAUUGUUCAAUGUAAAAGAGUUUACUGACAACAAAGUUAAAAUUAUUCAAAGACAAAUUAUUUUCUUGAAAUUAUGUUUUUGUGCACAUUAAUUGGAGAAAAUUAUGAUAAUUAUUAACUUAUGAUCAUCAUAGUGCAAAUUAUGUAGGGGUGUGCUCUGUUACUGUGUUCAAGAAUGAGAAUAGAAGGAGAAUCUUGAGAAAUCAUUGCCAGUUUUUGGAAAAGUAAUGUUUUAUUACCACUUUUACUUCUUGGAUGAGUCUUGACCAAAUCCGAAACACCUUCUUCCCACCCCUGUUUCCCUACUUUUGUACCUCACAAUUUUGCCGGGCUUUUUUUCUUUUCUCUGUGUAUUAUCAUUCUUGGAUAGACGCUUAUUGCAUGCACACUAUAUUUUCAACAAAUUACUAUUAUGUCAAAAUUGUUAUCACCAUGUUAAACAUAGCUAGAGUUUUUGCUGAAGGAUUGAAAAUAAAGUGCUGCCUUAUGAUGCUG